AUGGAUCAGACAAGUGGGAUGGAAAAGGCAGAGGAGGUACAUGGUGGAUCAUUCCCUGAUUGUCUUUUACCGGCACCAGUACCACCAGUGCCCUCGCUGAACGAAAUCAAACUUCUGCCAACGCGCGACCAACAGUAUGAAAACUUGGUGCUCGCUCGUCAGCGCAUCACGAAGGACAUGGCGCGGGGCGAGCGUGGCGGACUGUGUCCCGAGAUUAUCUUGCAGAGGGCAGAGGUCUACGAGGCGCUGGGGUACAGCGAGCUCGCAUUGGCGGAUGCGUAUGUUUCGUAUACGCUCUGCGAGGUCGUGUUGGAAGGUGGCCAUGUUUCGGAUCUGGAGCCCGUCACGAUGUCUGGGGAGAGGUGGCCUCCACUUAUCGACACGACAGACACGACCAACUGCAACAGGUCCAGUAUCAGCGCCGUGGACGAUACCACCGGUGAUAACGAGCGUGAGAAUGAACACGAAGACGACGAAGAUGAUGAUGACGAAAAUGAAGACGAAGCCGAAGACGACGACGAAGACGACGACGACAUGGUAUUAACCCACGAUCAAAAGACCAUGGUUUUGAAACACAAAUAUCGUAGUCUGAUCUUGUUAUCUCGAGCCGCGUUGUUGUUGGGUUGUCAGCAUCAAUCGAGAAUUUGGAUUGAUGAGCUGGUCGCCGUUAGAGGGACUAUUGGUGAGACGGCACAAGCAACGAAUACACAAGCGCACGUGGAUGGCGAUCUGAACGGGGCUUUAAGUGCUGCAGAUUCGACAGACUCAAUGGUCAGUGACUUUUGUAACUUCUGGUCGGUUUGUCAUGGCGAGGUCGACAGGUUUCGAAAAGCGGUCAGCGAUAUACGACGAAACGGCGACAAGAGAGCCAUGUUCGGAUCGAGUCAGAGGGUCGUAUAUCCUUGGAACGAGCGGGAGCCGGAUCGAAUGAACAAGAACAGUCUAGGAGAGAUCAACACCAGACUGAAAGAGAUCGCGCCAGGCCUGGAGGUGGAAAUCUCAGUUUUGCCCAAUUUGUUGACGAGCGGGACAAAUGAGACUGAAAAUCGCACGACGAGGGUCACAAAUGGCGAUUCAACGACAACACCACCGCCAGUGGAAGGAUCAUCACAGCUGGGUCUCUAUGCUAAGAAAGAUCUCGCGCCGGGUUCGACGAUCCUCGAAGAAAGGUCAACAAUCACGGCGAUACGACCUCAUGGUGAAGCUCUGUGUGACGCGUGCGCUGCAGAUAUGGAAACCAUACCACAUGAUCGGAGGCGAUAUUGCGACGGAUGCAAUAUUCCAUUCUGUUCGGACGAGUGUCAUGACCUAGCCAUGCGGAAUUACCACAGUCCUAAUGUCGACGACGAGGAGACGGAUGAAGGCUAUCCCCCUGCAGAGACACCCUUCUGUCCAGGAUCGAGCGGGAACGAAGAUAUACACACCCUUGGAAGGGCGGAAAGCUCAACAACGCCAGAAUGGGACUUGUACUUCUUGCUGUUGUCUCGGACGAUGCAGACGGCCGAAACACAAGCCAAGCACCCGCUGGAUCUAUUCGAGAUCAAGUACCUCUGGGGUGAUUUCAGUCCAGUACCUGGCGUGGACGAUGCAAAGUCGGAGAGAAUAGGUGAAACAACACCCAGGACGCUCCCGUACAGUGUGAGGCAUCAUGUCGAGUUGCCACUUCAGUGGUUCGAGGUUCUCAUGCAUUCGCGCGACGAUUGUCGGCCCUACAGCAAGCACUGGCUGGAAAAGUACGACUGGUGGAUCGUCCAGACUCUGUUCGCAAAGUUCAGAGGGGUCGCCGAUGCCCAGCAGAGUACCUGGACAGGCAAACCCGAGGUGGCCGCCGUGCAUCCGCUGUGGUGUUUGGCGAAUCACAGUUGUAACCCGAAUGUGACGUGGAAGAGCUCGGGCGUGAGGAAUUUGACCGUGGUGCAGGAAAGGGUGUGGAGGAAUGACAAGGAGGACCCGACCCCAACGGAGACGGAGUGGACGGGUCUCAAGGCUGGAGAGGAGAUCUGGAAUCAUUACACUGAUGUCCAGGAGAAGGACUACAGAGAGAGACGUGCGAGGCUGCAGGGCGUGUUGGGUGGUGACUGUAGGUGUGAGAGAUGUGUUGCCGAGGAGGCGAGGGCGAGGGCGACAUCAUGA